CACUGAGGACCACGCAUCUGUCCGUGACUCUCCCCCACCCCCCCGCACCCUCUGACCCGCCAGUCACUAUGGCUACUUCGAAGUUGCCAGCGGUGUCCGGGGAGGAGACCACCAUCCUCAUGGCCAAGGAAGAGCUGGAGGCCCUGCGCACCGCCUUCGAGUCGGGCGACAUCUCCCAGGCCGCUUCCCGCCUCCGGGAGCUGCUGGCCUCCUCGGACUGCACCCGGCUGGAGGUGGGCGUCACAGGCGAAUCGGGGGCCGGCAAGUCGUCCCUCAUCAACGCCCUUCGCGGCCUGGGCGCCGAGGACCCCGACGCGGCCCUCACCGGCGUGGUGGAGACCACAAUAGAGCCUUCGCCCUACCCGCACCCGCAGUUUCCAGACGUGACCCUGUGGGACCUGCCAGGGGCUGGCUCUCCCGGCUGCUCGGCCGACAAGUACCUGAAGCAGGUGGACUUCGGCCGCUACGAUUUCUUCCUGCUCGUCUCGCCCCGCCGCUGCGGCGCGGUGGAGAGCCGCCUGGCCUCCGAGAUCCUGCGCCAGGGCAAGAAGUUCUAUUUCGUGCGCACCAAGGUGGACGAGGACCUGGCGGCCACGCGCAUGCAGCGGCCCUCGGGCUUCAGCGAGGGGGCGGUCCUGCACGAGAUCCGUGAGCACUGCGCAGAGCGGCUGCGCGGGGCCGGCGUCCACGACCCGCGCGUCUUCCUGGUGUCCAACCUCUCACCCGCGCGCUACGACUUCCCGCUGCUCAUGUCCACCUGGGAGCACGAUCUGCCCGCUCACCGGCGCCACGCCGGCCUGCUGUCGCUGCCGGACAUCUCUCUGGAGGCCCUGCAGAAGAAGAAGGACAUGCUCCAGGAGCAGGUGCUCAAGACGGCCCUGGUGUCCGGGGUCAUCCAGGCCCUGCCCGUGCCCGGGCUGGCGGCCGCCUACGACGACGCGCUGCUCAUCCGCUCGCUGCGCGGCUACCACCGCAGCUUCGGCCUGGACGACGACUCGCUGGCCAAGCUGGCCGAGCAGGUGGGCAAACAGGCGGGGGACCUGCGCUCCGUCAUCCGCUCCCCGCUGGCCAACGAGGUCUCCCCCGAGACGGUCCUGCGGCUCUACUCCCAGUCGUCCGAUGGUGCCAUGAGGGUGGCCCGGGCCUUUGAGAAGGGUAUUCCCGUGUUCGGGACGCUGGUGGCCGGCGGCAUCAGCUUCGGAACCGUCUACACCAUGCUUCAGGGCUGCCUCAACGAGAUGGCCGAGGAUGCCCAGCGCGUCCGCAUCAAGGCCCUGGAGGAGGAGGAGGAGGACCCUCAGCCCGAUGUCAGCCUGGAGGCGGCUGGUGACAACGGUGUGGAGAAGCGGGGGUCCGGGGAGGGGAGCAUGGAGGAAGCCCCGCUCUCGACCCGCCGGAAGCUUGGCCUCCUCCUUAAGUACAUUCUGGACAGCUGGAAGAAGCGAGACUUGUCUGAAGACAAAUGAAAGUGCAGCCCUUACCCACUGCCUCACCCACAAACCAAGCCUUUUGAAAACCCACCGAACACUCAAAAAAGGCCUAAUGUGGUGAAAA